UAAGACGCGCGAGAAAGAGGUUGUCGGAGCGGCAGAGCUCUCAGUAGAAACCUCCUCCCAUUGGCAACUCAAAUGAAUGAUGGGAGGGAAAGUUUGAAAUUGCGCGCCACAGUCUUGGACUCUUCACCGCAGUGAUCGGGGUUUAGGGUUUAAUGCCCUCCAUCUCCGCUGUCACAGCACUCUAUCCCAUCCCACUUCCACUGCAGCGAGCCUUCGUCGCCCAAGCUAGUCGCUCCUCCUGCCUAACCGUCAGAGUCAUCAUGCCUUCCAUCGUCGACAUGGUCGAGCCCAUCCUCGCCGAGAAUCCUCAGCGCUUCUGUAUGUUUCCAAUUAAGUAUCAGGCCGUGUGGGAGAUGUACAAGAAGGCAGAGGCCAGUUUCUGGACAGCGGAGGAAGUCGAUCUCUCGGAGGACUCCAAGCAAUGGGAGGUUCUCAGUGACAAUGAGAGGCACUUUAUUAGCCACGUUUUGGCUUUCUUUGCUGCCUCGGAUGGCAUUGUUCUAGAGAACCUAGCCAUUCGCUUUAUGAAAGAAAUUCAGAUACCUGAGGCUCGAGCCUUUUAUGGGUUUCAAAUAGCAAUCGAGAAUAUACACUCCGAGAUGUAUAGUUUACUUCUUGAGACAUACAUCAAGGAUCAAAGGGAGAAAGCAAGGCUAUUCAAUGCAAUUGAAAACAUCCCCUGCGUCGCCAAGAAAGCCGAGUGGGCUCUGCGGUGGAUUGACAGUGGUGAGUCGUUUGCGGAGAGGAUUGUCGCGUUCGCUUGCGUGGAAGGCAUAUUCUUCUCUGGCAGUUUCUGCGCAAUCUUUUGGCUGAAGAAACGGGGCUUGAUGCCUGGUCUUACUUUCUCGAACGAGCUGAUAUCCAGAGAUGAAGGACUUCACUGCGACUUCGCUUGCCUCCUGUACACGUUGCUGAACAAGAAACUCUCUGAAGAACGAGUGCGGGAAAUUGUUUGCGACGCCGUUGAAAUAGAACGAGAAUUUGUGUGUGAAGCACUGUCCUGUGAUCUCGUUGGAAUGAACUCAAAGCUCAUGAGCGAGUACAUCGAGUUCGUUGCUGAUCAUCUGCUGAUUGCUCUGGGAUACGGCAAGAAGUACGGGGCAACCAACCCCUUUGACUGGAUGGAGCUUAUUUCCCUACAGGGAAAGACCAACUUCUUCGAGAAACGUGUAGGUGAAUAUCAAAAGGCAUCCGUUAUGGCUGGGCUGAACAAUGGAGAGGGUCAGCACGUCUUCAAAUUGGAUGAAGACUUCUAGAAUUAUUGUGAAAUGUAAUUUACCACUUAGACUGUAGUUUAGUAUCUGGCUGAAUGAAUACAUUCAACACCUAUGUAAAUAUUUAAGUGAUGGUGGCACGAUGUUGCUCACACUUCGAAUCGACAAUCGAAGGUGAGUAUGACCACCCUUUAGCAACUCACUCUAGGUUAAAUCAGGAGGGAAUUUUUUACCUCGGAGAAAGUUCAAGGAUUGUGAAGAAGGUAGGGUAUGUCAUACGAUGUAGAACAUCCACUGCAAAUGAAUAUUUUUUCCAAGAAUCCGUCCCAUGUGGGACUUAUCAAUAAAGCCUCGUUUCGCGGGAAUCCCUGACUUUGAGGGCGUCUAGCAGGAUGAGAUUCCUGCCUCUGUUUUUUUUUUGCUCUCUUCACGAAAACAGAGAAC